UUGGUUAUGUCAGAAGCAAAGAUCAUCCGGAUGGACGCACUCUGAAGUAUUUCUGCACAUUUGACUCCUCAAAACAAACACUAAGUUUUUUUCAAGAGCCAAACCCUUCUCUAUGGCUGGUGCUGGUGGUGCUGGUGGUGGUGCUGCAGCUGGAGGAAACCUGCGGGAGGAGUUGACGUGCGUAAUCUGCUAUGACCUGUUCAAAGAGCCCGUGGUGCUCGCCUGCAUGCACCGCUUCUGCAGACCGUGCAUCACCAGGUACUGGAGAGGGACCCAGGGGCCUGUGUCCUGCCCCCAGUGCCGCAAACAGUUCCACAGCACGCAGCUCCAGACGGAUUACCUGGUGACCGCCAUGGUGGAGAAGGUCCGAGGCUCCUGCUCCUUCGUCAAGAACCAGGAGAAACAAGUGCAGGAGGCUUUGGACAGUCACCGGCAGAAAAGAGACGACAUCAUCCGCGUUAUCCACAAAGACGAAGACAAAAAGCAUACCAUACAGAGACUGUCCGCCGAUCUGGAAGCACACGUGCGCGCCGAGUUCAGAGCUCUUCACCAGAUUCUGCAGGACGAGGAAGACUACGCACUCGAGCAGCUCAAAAGAGAGGAACAGGAAGAGCUGGAGAAGGUCCUCCAUCACCUGGAGCCCACGGAGAAAGCUCUGAAGGACCUUGAGGAGAACAUUAAAGUGCUCGAGAAAGCCAGCAGCCCGAGCGAACAGCCCACUCUGACCCAGCUUCCUCCGCUCCGGCCAUGUGUCCAAGUGGAAUUGGCUCCAGACUUUGAUGCAAAUGUUUUCAGCCUCAAAUAUAUGGCCCCAUUACAGUACAUCACGUGGAGGAAGAUGUUCAAAUCUCUGAAGCCAGGUCCUUCCCCAUUAACGUUUGAUAUCAACACGGCACAUCCCAGCAUCGCCAUCUCCCCUGACAAGACGCUGGCGGUUGAGAGCGUUACUCCGAUUCCUUACAACGCGCAUCAGAAGCGUUUUCUCCAGUGUGUCAACGUACUGGCGACGCAAGGUUUCCACACGGGACGACACUACUGGGAGGUGGAGAUGGGAUCCAAACCCAAGUGGGACCUGGGAGUGGCGUCUGAAGCGGUGGACAGACAUGCUCGCGUUAAGUUGAGCCCCGAAAAUGGCUACUGGACGCUCCGGCUGCGAAACCAGAGUGAGUAUUUUGCGGGGACACAGCCCUGGUCACGACUGCACCUCAGCUCCCCCCUGCACAGAGUGGGUGUGUUUCUGGAUUGUGAAGAUAAACGAGUUUCUUUCUACAAUGCUGACGAUAUGAGCCUCAUUUAUUCAUUCACCAACGGGCCUCGGGGAAAGGUGUUCCCCUUUUUCAGCCCGUGUAUCAGCAACAGCCCGAAGCCGCUGCCCAUCCAUCUGCUUCACCAUCCUGCAGCCGCCUUGUCUGGGUAACGUGGACCAAGAGCUGCACGUUCACACAUUGACCAAAGACUUUUCUGGAUAAUUAUAGGCCAUCAUGUUUUCUUAAGAGAUUCUCUGCUGAGUGGAAAUGUGCAGGCAGUAAUUUGCACGAAAAUAAAGCAUUAACUCUAACGAGGAAAUUUAUUUGAGGGAAGGAGUUUUUCAUUUUCAGAAACACUUAAUGCUACAUCACUAAGAGCAUCAACUUGUAUUUUAGCAGCAUCACAUAUUUAAUCAGUUUAUAUUUGCACUUCUGAUUUGACUUUGACUUUCUUCUAAGUCUUAAAUCACCACAUCAUUAUAAGGAAAUCAGUUGAAAUCAUUUAGAUCAUAUCUGUAAUUGUUUGUAGCAUGUAUCAUUUUUCUAUUUCUUUAAUGUAUUACUGUUAUACAGUAUUUUUUAAGAGGGUUUGUUACAAAAGAGCCACACUGGCACAUUCAGUGUAAUCAGUUAAUAGACUGUAAAUGUGUUUCUAAUGCCAAAAAUAAAGCCAAUCACAU